AUAUUCACCAUAGACGAAGAGGCAUCUAUCGAAAUACCAACCAGCUAGGAAAAGUUCUAAUCCAAACAUAAAAAUUAAUUAGAAUUUAAUAAAGAAAAAAAAAAAACAAACCACAUGAGUAUAUUUUAUAAAAAAGAAUUUAAUUAAUCCCCCAUCCAGUAGGAUUAUGAAUUUCCUGCUAAAUUUCUUCCGUGCCAUUAUCGAAAGAAUGUUACAAAUUCUAUCAAUUGGUCAGAAGACCAUCAAAAACACUUUGAUGAUUUAUGUAAAAACAAAUACCGGACGAACUCUAACUGUUGACUUGGAUCCCAAAUGGGAUAUACAAAAUGUUAAAGAAUUAGUUGCUCCACAACUUGGAUUGCAACCAGAUGAAGUUAAGAUUAUAUUUGCUGGCAAAGAACUAUGUGACUCGACGACCAUAGAGGAGUGUGAUUUAGGUCAGCAGAGUAUUCUGCAUGCAAUCAAAACUCGACCUCGUCAGAGUUUAAUUGGGCAAAAGCCCCUUGAGUCAACCUUGACUGAAGAAGAACCACAAGAAGAACCUUCGAAACCUUUGUGUGAAACUCUGGUCGAUUUACAACUUCAAAGUGAAGAAAGGGUUAAUAUCAGUGAAGAAAAUCGAGAACGAACACGAGCUCAUUUCUUUGUACAUUGCUCCCAGUGCUCCAAGUUGUGCCGGGGUAAGCUAAGAGUUCGUUGUUCAUUGUGUAAAGGAGGUGCUUUUACAGUACACAGAGAUCCCGAAUGCUGGGAUGAUGUCUUAGUGGCAAGAAGAAUUCGUGGUCAUUGCGAAAGUAAAGAGAUUGCUUGUGUGGACAACGAUAUCGGUGAUCCACCAUUUGCAGAAUUCUAUUUCAAAUGUGCCGAACAUCCCUCUGGAGGUGAGGCAGACUUUGCUGCACCUUUGAAUCUGAUUCAAGUCAAUAUUAAAGAUGUUCCUUGUUUAGCUUGUACCGAUAUAAGCGAAAAUGUCUUGAUUUUUCCUUGUGAAUCGAAACACGUUACAUGCAUCGAAUGCUUUCAACACUAUUGUCGAUCUCGAUUAAUGGAACGUCAAUUGAUGCUUCAUCCUGAAUAUGGAUAUACUCUACCAUGUCCAACUGGAUGCUCUGGAUCUUUUAUAUCCGAAAUUCAUCAUUUUAAAUUGUUAUCCAAAGAGGAAUAUGAGAGAUAUCAACGUUUCGGUGCGGAAGAGUAUGUUUUGCAAGCUGGUGGGGUAUUUUGUCCACAACCUGGUUGUGGAAUGGGUCUUCUAGUCGAACCGGAUUGUAAAAAAGUCACCUGUGAAGGUGGUUGUGGGUAUGUUUUUUGUAGGAAUUGUCGUCAAGGAUAUCAUAUUGGAGAAUGUCUACCAGAGAAUUCAACAAUACCGAAUGGUGGAAAUUGUGAAUAUGCUGUUGAUCCAAAUAGAGCGGCUGAUGCUAGAUGGGAUGAUGCUUCUUCGGUAACUAUCAAAGUAUCAACUAAACCAUGCCCGAAAUGCCGAACUCCAACUGAAAGAGAUGGUGGUUGUAUGCACAUGGUAUGCACACGAGCUGGAUGUGGUUUUGAAUGGUGCUGGGUAUGUCAAACUGAAUGGACUAGAGAUUGUAUGGGAGCUCAUUGGUUUGGUUAAAGAGAUUUGCAAUCCAUUCUAAUAACGAUAACUAACAUUUAUUGACCCUAAACAACGUAAACUUUGAUAAAGAUUGAAUUGAUUUUAAAGAAGGCUAAAAAAGAUGGAUACGAAAAAGGCUAGUUAAACAGUUAAGCUGUGUAAUAUAUUUUGAUAAAACGACUAUAUUCAAACGAAAAAGCGAGA